CAGUAGCAUUCCUGUGAAGGACAUUGGAGGAGCCGUGACUUUAGUGUGGUGUAACGUAAUAAACCGACUGUCCGGUGUCACGGUAUUUCCGUUAUAUGUAUUCCCGGCGUUUCUCCACACAUUCCUUUUCCUGCAGCUUUAACACUGACAGAUCUACGUUAAAGUGCUGAAUUAGAGUGACGCCGGGACUGACUGCAUUGCAGUGGUGCAAGGACAGAAAACCACAGCCACUCCUGUGAUCUGCCCCUUUGCUGGUGAUCGGAUGGUGUGAGGAUCCGGAGCGGCCUGUCCUCCUGAAUGGCUGUGUGCCGAGGCGGCGUCACACUUUGGGUCGGUUGCAUCCGGAGUCACGGCUGCCAGCCGCUGAUAAAGAAGCAGAACUGGAACGUACGACAAGCAGUGUUAAAUCCCCCUUGUAAAUCUCUGAGCAGUGGAUCAUGGGUUUUGGCUCCUCCAAACAGCCUACAUUAUCAGUCCUCCCAGAAACUGUCUCCGCCUAACCCGUUGCAUCACGCGUCCCAGCCGAAAGAACGAACCGCAGAAUGCGACUGGGAGGAGACCCUAAGCAUGUGCGUCCUGCUCAAACCCAGAGAAGCAGUCGAUCAGCAUACACUGGUGGAGGUUCCACUGUUCGGACAAAUCAAGCUGGGUGAGCUCCUGGCGUUGGGAGCAAACCGGCCCGCUGACUUUUCUUUCCCUUUAACCACUGUUGACGGAAGAAGAGAAGACGACAUCAGCGUUAUCGGAAAGCCGAGGGCCGAGGUAAAACUGGAUCGGGAACAGAGCUCGUUUCGGAGUUUGUUCGAGGCUGAAGGAUGCCCCGCCCCGUUCAUGUUGGGAUCACACUUUUAUUGCUUCCACGGUCCUCCAGAGGCUACAGAGCCUGUACCCGAGUCUGGAGAUAAACUGAGGAUCAGACAUGUCUACUUUCCACCUUCUUUUAGUUCGCUCUGUAGUUACGCAGAGACUAAAAGCAUGGACAGAGGCUCUAGCGAGAAGGACCAUGAGAACGAAGAGAAACUGGCAUUGAUGUAUGAAAAGCUCCGCGUGGAGCUUCCUAGGUUUUUUCUGAAGAAUCACGACUACAGCAUGUAUUCUAACAACAUGGAGUUCGUCAAUGACCUCCUCAACAUGAAAACCAGAGGUCGUGUGGUGUAUCAGCUGACCCUGGCGCUGUGGCGACUUCUCUGCCUGUGCUAUUACGCCGAUGCACGGAUGGAGGUGCUGAAGCUGACCAAACACCCGGAGGACGGCUCCAUCAAAGCGCGCUGGAGGGUCAAGGGACUGCCCUUUCACACACUCCUCCUCAGAUUCUACAAGAAGGAUAAAAGCCAGUUUUACAGAACCUUUGAUGCAUUCUCUACCUUCUACUUGGGCUCUGAUGGACUCAUACACUGUCAUAAAGUUGAGAAGGUAAUGAAGGCUCAACCCCCUGUGCUUCCCAAAGUGACUACGCUGCUAGCGGGAGCUUUGGUGGCUCUGGGGAUUCAAGAGGACCGGCCAGCUCUUAAUCUCCUCCCGAUGUUCCUCUCGUCCUUCAGACAGCCUCAAGAUUAAAAGACGGAUAUUUGUGUGCGUGUUUGUGGGGGUAAAGCGAGAGAGAAAAAAAAUCUUGAGAAGAACUAGAGCUAGAAGAGAUACGCAUCAUGAUGGAGAAGACCAGCAAAAUAGGAGACGAAAACAAACCUUUGACGUACAUUAGCUUAACUAUUGAAUAUUAAGUGAUACUGUACCAUGUGACAUCUCAAAGCUCUGUGAAAGUAAGUUCACGCAGGAUUCGCUUCACCAUUUACGUACACCAUUCUGUUUACCGGAUUGAUUAUAAUCGACUACAGACUGAA